UAGCGUUAUAGUUAGUUGACGCAUGUGCACGGAGUUUUUUCGGACUGUCAAUUGUGCAGUGCAUUGUGCAGUGUAUUGGUGCAUAAUACGAUUGUAAACAUUAAAAAAAUGAACUUGAGAAGGCAUACACAAUUCCUUGCCAGAACGAUAUUUGUCAAGAACAAUGAUGUUGAAAAGGCAGCACGUACUAUGAAUCGUAUUCUUAACAGUGAAGGUAUAUUUCAACAGUACAGAUUAACUAGAUACUUUGAAAGACCUACAAACACAAGACGACGAGUUAAUUUUGAAAGGUGUAAAGCUAUAUACAAUGAGGAUAUGACCAGAAAAAUCAAAUUGUUAACACGGACAGUUAGAGAAGAAGCUUAUCCUGGUUGUUCUUAAAGCUUCUUUUUUUCUUCGUAGACACAAUUAAUAAUUUCUAUUAUUAAAUAAAAUUCUGAAAAGAAAAUGUUUUCAUUUUCUGUUGA